AUGCACUGGACACAACAUAUUUCCAUGCUCAUUUUCGGGAAUACUUUUUACUGCAAACAAACUGUGAAGUGAUAUUACUGAACAACUACGACAGUGAUUGUUUUCUGUCCGAAUAGAAAUCCAUUCUUUUUAUCAUAGACCUUAUCACGCGCUCUUCGCGUAGCGGUCCUACCAGAGACCAAGCAUGCGCAGCCCGUGGCAGAACCACCUCUGAUAAAUAGGCCGAGACCGCUAGAGGCGCUGCUGAAACCGUACCUGUUGCUUUGAAGAUACUGCAAGCUACUGCAAGGGAGAGCAAAGUUUGGAAAGGGACCAUGUUUCGCUUACUGAGUAACCAGGCGCGCAGGCAUCCCGGGCUUAUUCCACUGUUUGGCUUCAUCGGCCUUGGACUAGGCAGUGCCGCACUAUACCUCGUGAGACUUGCAGUGUUUGACCCUUCUGUUAGCUGGGAUAGGAAGAACAAUCCUGAACCAUGGAACAAACUUAGCCCAACACAUCAAUCAAAGUUCCUGGCCGUUUCUACGGACUACAAAAGCCUGAAGAAGGAUCGUCCUGAUUUCUAAGGUUGCCAUAGAAGCACCCACUUCAGGAAGACGUUCAUGUAGCUGCUUUUUACAUGGAGCAUAACCCAUAAUCAAAUCUUAUAUAAUAUAGUAUAAACUGAAGCAUGGCGCACACUUUUCUAGGAUAUACUGAUAUGUUUUACAAUGAAAUGCUAAGUGCAAUAGAUAAUAGUAUAUGCUGUAUAGUGUAUAGACAAUGUGCUCAAUAUUAAAAUGCUGCAUUAAAUUGAAAAAGAAUAUUUUUAUUGUUAAUACUCAAAUGUAAUAAAUUGUGUGUUAUAUUUACUAGUGCUACAUUUUUUCCUAUACAAAGACUGAGAUUUUGGCAGUGUGUGUAGCUAGAAAACCUAAAAGCAUUGCUGGCACUCUUUUUAAUUAGUCCUCUAAUAUUGAGGCUUCAAGCUUGUGUGAAUCAUUCUAUGCUGUUUACCAAUGCAGUUUUAUUGUUUAUCUCACUUUUCUUGAAUGCUAUUCAGAAGUCUUGUUUUUGUGGCUUAUAUCACUAGGUGGUAUACAGCUGACUUUUACCUUUUAUUGCAUAUUUGGGUUUUGCAAAACCUCUCUAUAUGCCCAACAAAAAAUAAAUAAAUAGAAAAUAAAAAUUUGAAAAGAGA